AUCUAUCCCAACCACCUGCGUUCCUGUGUCCUUUUCUUCGAUCUUAGCUUCGAACAAGAGGAUAAUUGUUUGUUCUUUGAUAUUUAUAACGUAUCUACGGAUCAUAGGUGAGGGCGAUUAUCGCUUGCGACGGGCUACAAACAUGCCUUGAGGCCGCCGAGGACACUUCCGGUAAUCAACUCUCAGACGGCGCGAGAAAUGGACGACCAGCAGCAGACUGGUGACACAUCCCAAUCAUCCAAACAAACUACCGAGCGAAUACAAGCGCUUGCAGAGAUCAGCAAGAAAAUUCCACAGCUGCUCCAUCAUGCUGGACAAGCUGUCAAUGCGCUUACGCGAAAUCCACUACCAGAAGACGCAGAGGCUAGAGACGAAGACGGGCCUCUCGCAAAAAACAAGACCGUUUUCAAGGACAACUAUGGAUCAUUCUUGCAGCUGCUCACCGAGGUCACAAACAGCUUGAAUGAGGAGGCGGAUGCGCUCGUAAACUCUAAACUCGUGCCUGCGCGGCAACCAAAGAAAGGUCUCGAAGGCGAUCACAUAACUAAUGAGGGGCUGGGGAACUUGGACGUGGGGUACCUUAACAGCAGGACAAGAGACGUGGGCCUGGCAAAGGAGGCAGAACUCGUCAAGGAGAUGAAGGCUCACAUCCAGAAACUUGUCGCCAAAAUGCAGGAUGCAAAUGGAGAUGCCAUGGAUGAGACGUGAUGCACUCUCGGCCAAGGCAUGGCUUUGAGGAAUAAAUGCCAUGCGUGACUAGUCUGGGAACGUGCAGUUUUCAAUCAGUCGCGUGAGCUCAGCUGAGAAUUCGUACACAGGUAUUGACGGGGAUGCUCUAGGAUUGGAGAGACGAGCGUUGUGUGACUGUCGUUGGGCUUAAUCAUGAUUCACGACGUAUGAAGUCAAAGCAAAUCACGACGCUAAUGCCCACAUAAUGUAUAAAUGAGGGAGCUUGCUUCAGUUGAGGUCAUCCUUAUGAGCUGAGCAGAAGUUCUACCAUGGUAUUGAUGAAACGGUGUUACCGUCCCUUUUUUCUUUAAAGAAAAAAAAAACUCAAUACAUCCGGCUGGGGGGAUAAGAUGUGGUUCUAUAUUUUUCUCAUGCUUUACCGGACUCAAUAUUCGACCCCAAACAACGAGACUCGAAGUGUACACACGUUCCGAUGAGCCAAAGAGCUGGU